AUGGAUCAGCAGAAGCACACGCGAUCUCCCACUGAUUUCCUUAGUACAGUCCUUGGACGGCAGGUUCUCGUCAAGCUGAAUUCUGGAAUCAACUACCGAGGAAUUCUGGCAUGUCUGGAUGGCUAUAUGAACAUCGCGCUUGAAAACACAGAAGAAUAUGUUGACGGAAAACUUAAAAAUCGUUACGGUGAUACCUUUAUUCGAGGAAACAAUGUACUCUAUAUUAGUGCUGAAAAGCCAUGA